AAGCACCUCUUUAGGGUGUGUGUGAGGGAGGAGGUGGCGCACUGGGGCCCGUACGGAUGGAGUGGGAUGCUCCGUAGCACAGCAGGGCCGAGAGCAGGGAGGUGCUUGCUCCCCUGGGGCCCCAGGCACGGGGAAAAGGUGGGGGAAGGGCCGGUUUACAAUUUCAAACACCCCCCUCCCAGCUGAGGCGGCGGGACCGCUCCCACCAAAGGGCCUCAUUAGCAUAUGUCAAGAGAACCUGCAUAAAUAUCCGGGCAGGAGGUGAGAUUAGCUCGCCAGAGUCAGUAGGUGUAAAGGGCUGUGAGGACCAAGUGCGUGAGUCCCGUCAGUGCGCUUCCCCCACAAGGACAGCGACCGGCCCAGCGGAGGAUUGGGCAGCACCUGCGGCGCCCGGACAGGGGCUUCCCUGAUGGUUCGGCGGCGUUCGGCUUCCUCCUUCGAACUGGACAUCUAAGCGGCUGCCGGAUACCCCGCACUCUUGGCUCCUUGGCCUGUGGUGUGGGUGGCUCCGCACCCUCUCGCCCUGUAUCCUCCUCGGGGGCUGUUACGGGGCUGCCGUCCGCGGCCGCGGCCGGUUCAUGGCUCCCGUGGCCGGCGCCCAUGCCGCUGUCGGGGGUUUCCUGGGUUCUUGGGAAGGCUUGGCCCAGCCGCCGCUGGGCGCGCCCUUCUUGCUGCCCCCAGCUGGGCAGGGCCCCAGACCGCGGGCGCCUCUGCUGGGCCCUCGGGGCGGCCCCGGACCUGGCCUUGGCCCAGGGGCGCCCGCGGACUUUGCUCACCUGCAGGGCGUCUUGCGACGGAGGCAACUGUAUUGCCGAACCGGCUUCCACCUGCAGAUACUACCCGACGGCCGUGUGCGGGGUACCCGGCGGGACCACAGUCUCUUCGGUAUCCUGGAGUUCAUCAGUGUGGCUGUAGGACUGGUCAGCAUCAGAGGUGUGGACACAGGCCUCUACCUGGGAAUGAAUGACAAAGGAGAACUCUAUGGAUCUGAGAAACUGACUUCUGAAUGUGUCUUCAGGGAGCAGUUUGAAGAGAAUUGGUACAACACAUAUUCAUCCAACAUACACAAACACGGGGACUCAGGCCGCAGAUUCUUUGUGGCCCUCAACAAAGAUGGCACUCCACGUGAUGGAUCCCGGUCAAGGCGCCAUCAGAAGUUUACCCACUUUCUGCCAAGGCCAGUGGACCCAGAGCGGGUGCCUGAGCUCUAUAGGGAUGUGCUGCUAUAUAGCUGAACAGGGGCUCUGUGACCUUAUGGGAUGCUGUUUCAGGGGCUCCUCCAUCACCGCAGUUUAGAGAGUGUGGAUGGGGAAGGAUGGGCAAGUGAAGAUCUUUUGUUCUUUUGUUUUUAUUUUGCCUUUGCCCAAAUCUGGUUUUAGCAAGAUGAAGCCCACUCUGUAGCUGUGGAUUUAAGCUCCAUUCUGAACUGUUAAAUGAUAGUUAAUUGACUCUUGACUAAGGUUGAAACCUGACUGACUCUGCUUGCCUGUGGGCGCCUAAUCUCCCUGGAUCAUGUUUACCUUGAGAGUGGGAUGAGAAGUAAUGACUUUAGAUAUUACAGAAGAGAGUAUUGGAAAAAUAGGUGGAAAUGAUUUGCCACAAAUCUUAUUCUUUGACCUCCAAGUAUGGCAUAGGACUUGGACUCAUGAGAGUUGUGGAUGGAACUGGAUCUCCAAUCAGACCACCAACCUGGAAAAUGGUUUUGCUGUUCAGUUUUGGAUGGACUAUUUAUACAUUUUCAAAUUUCGUAUAUUUAUUUUAUAUAUUUAUUUAUUAAAGAAUUUAUUUUUUACUGGGAUAUGAAGACAAUGCAAAAAAAAUGCAGAAACCAGAUGUCCAUUGACUGGAACACUAUGUUGUAGAGCUGUGGACUCCAGGAUUGUGGAGUCUUGGGUUGUAAUGCUGAUGCCUUGUACAACCCAUCAAGAAGAGCAUCAUAUCUUGAAUUUCAUCUUUGAAAAAUAAAAUAUAGAUUAGGUUAUAUUUUUAUGCACAUGCAGUUGCCUUAUUGCUGUAUUGUUUUGAAAAUUUUGGCUCUAGGGGCCUAGAAUGCCUUAACAACUUGUAUUAAACUUGAUGCACA